ACCUAAGUUAUAUUCACCAUCAGUGAUCAGGGUGUAAUGCGGUCACACUCCCCUCUCUCCACACUUGUCAUUCAUAAGAUUCAGUGGAGUUUCUUGGUGCUCUAAGAAGAGGAGGGGCUCUCCUCUCCAGUCUUGAACCUCACACUGUGAAAUAUUCACUUGCUUUCUCCCCACACCAGCCAGACUACCAAUAAACAGCCUCUGACAGUGCGAUCGGCAGCGACAGCAGGAGUAACAGCCUGUCAGAUACAAUAUUUUUUCUUCUGGACGACGAGAGGUGAUGGGAGUGUGUUCUCGGUGCUGCAAGCUUCAUUCCCGGAAUGGACACUUCGCAGCCCGGUGUGGUUUUGGGUACACCGGGUGUCAGAGAGCACCAGCGUCCAACCAGCCGCUGACUGCGCACGGAUUUCAGUGGCUCUGAAUGAUUUCUACCAUGCAUCCGCAUUGAGACAUGAAGGGGCACUCAGUCUAGGCUUUCCAUCUUUUCCCUGUGCUAUUAUGUGCGGUUGUUACACCAUGUUUUUUCCAAAUUUAUCAGACAUGUUCACUGACAGAGCAUCAUCUCAUUGCAGGCAGCUGGGCGCCUUGCCUACCUGUGUCCGUCUCAUUGACAUCUCCUCAGCACAUAAUCUGUAGAUCCCCCCCCCCCUUUUUUUUUCUGCAAGGCAACAUCAUCAUCAUCAUCAUAAUCCUCAUCCCCAAUGCCUCUUCAUUGCUGGCUGCUGACAUCCCGCCAGCCUUCUUAAAAACCGGGAGGAUCGCGGGGUGAACCGUCAUGGAUAGUGGGAGCCGGGCUCCGACGGUCGGGGACGGUGCAGCCAAUUUCACGGCAUCCCACCUCUGGUUGGAUCUCCUGAACGCUUCGAGCCCGCCGACCCGGUGGGACAGCAGCCCACCUGCCGAGGGGACCGGACUGGGCGAGGAACAGCGCCUCAUCCGAGAGCAAGCCUACCGGGACUUCACCACCACCAUUCAGGUUUUCAUCCUCAUAGGUUCGCUGCUCGGAAAUGCCACAGUGUUGUGGUGCACCUGCUGCACAAAUGUCUUUAAAUCUGUGACCAAUCGCUUCAUCAAGAACCUGGCGUGCUCGGGGAUCUGUGCCGGCCUGGUGUGCGUUCCCUUCGACGUGGCGCUCGGAGCCAGCCCUCGUUGCUGCUGGUGGCUUCACACUCUGGUGGUCUGCAAGGCCAUCAAGUUCCUCCAUAAACUCUUCUGCUCCGUCACCGUGCUCAGUUUCAGCGCCAUCGCACUCGACAGAUACUACUCUGUGCUGUACCCGUUAGAGAGGAAGAUCUCAGAUGCAAGAUCCAGAGAUCUGGUCAUCUAUAUCUGGGUUCAUGCGGUGGUGGCGAGUCUCCCCGUGUUUGCUGUGACCAACGUGACGGAUGUGUAUGUCACCUCAUCCUGCUCAGAUGACCACGCCCGCUCCCUGGGACACAUGGUGUAUGUUUUGAUCUACAACGUCACCACAGUGAUCCUCCCUCUCGCCCUGGUCUUUCUCUUCAUGCUGCUGAUCCGCAGAGCGCUCAGUGCCAGCCAGAAGAAGAAGGUGAUCAUCGCGGCGCUGAGGACUCCCCAGAACAGCAUCUCCAUCCCGUAUGUGUCCCAGCGAGAGGCCGAGCUACACGCCACUCUUCUGGCUGUGGUGCUGGCUUUCUCUGCCUGCAGCGCCCCCUACGGGGCCUUGGUUGUUUAUCGCACCAUUUUGGCAGACACCAAGGAGCUGCCCAUCUCACUGUAUCUCACAGCCCUCUGGCUCCCUAAGGUGUCUCUGCUCACCAACCCACUCCUGUUUCUGUCUGUUAACCGCUCAGCGCGUCAUAGCUGGCUGGACCUGCUGGCCAGGGUUCACAGACGCUACAGUCGCCGUAACGUGGUCAGCACUGGGGGUCUGGCCUCUUUAGGAGCGGAGGGGGUGAUCGGGGAGCCGGUGGGGCUGGAGACAGCCGGCCGCUCUGGGAGCCAACUUUUGGAGAUGUUCAACAUUGGCCAGCAGCAGAUCUUCAGACCCUCUGAGGAAGAGGAGGAAGACGAGGAUGUGGAGAAUGAGAUGCCUUCUCAAGGAUCAGGAACCUGCACUGGGCCGAAAGAGGACCUCAAGGGCGGGUUGGGACUAGGGAGCCUCAGAGGGGAGGUGAUCACCAAAAAGGACCCUCUGCAGGGCACAGGGGGAGGGCUGGUCAUCACCAAAGAGGGCCCUCCUGCAAUCAUAGCACCCCGGGCCUCUCCGGUACACACAUGUGCUUAUGCCUCUUCGUCACAGGUGGCGCCAGCCACGCCUACAGAAGCUGAAGACUCUACACAGUUUGGUUUUGGACCGUUUGAGCUCCCUCCUCAGUGGUUACCUGAGACCAGGAACAGCAAGAAGAGGCUGCUGCCUCCACUGGGUAACACACCUGAGGAGCUGAUCCAGACCAAACUACCCAGGCCACGGCCUGAAAGGAGGAUCAGCAGAAACAAUAAGGUCAGCACCAUUCCCACUGUGGACCAAUGAAGUAUUCCUGCUGGCCUCUGAUCUGCAACACUGGACCCACUGCACAUUACAGUGGGUCGACCAGGCCACGGCAGGAUAUUACUGUGUCAAGCUGUUCGGUGAGAUGCUUGGUUUAUUUUGGUUAAUUUAAACCUUUUGACUUUUUUCUGAUUUUCUCAGAAGUAGUUGUAGCCACUGUAGAAGUCCAGAUACCUGAGGCGCUGCAGUUUUCUUGUUGGACGAAAAUCAAUUUGAUCAAAUAUUUACACUGCCGUGAGAAAUAUGUCUGCUCAGUCCAACUUCACUGCCACUUGGUCCAAUCCAAUUCCAUAAUUAAAGACUUCUACAAUGACUACAUGAUUGAGAGGGCAGAUACCUUUUUGAAUCUCCCUUUUUUUGAUGAGAGCUGACGUCAGUAAUUAAAUGAAAACACUGUACGAACCAAUUAUCCUGAGCGAUGCACUGAUACUGGAUGAUAUAUUUCCACAGCAAAUAAUCUGAAUAUCUGGAUACUGAACCUCCAAACAAAACAUUUUGUAAAAUGGUUAUAAUGUGAUUGCACUCUGUAAAUGAACACAUCUCAGUGUCCAUGUUUGCCAAGUUCUACUUCAGUAUUUGGGUUGAAGUGGCCCCUUGUUGGCCCUUUUUUUCCUCAAACCCCUCUUUUGGGAUAUUUGCAUUUCUUCUAAUGUUGUAGGUGUCGUCAUCAUUUGUAUUUUAAAUGUAAGUGGAUUUCAUAAGAUGAAAAAUGCAGAUGUACAGUAUGCAAAUUUAUGUUUUAAAAAUGUGACAUUUUCAGAGUUUAACUGUGUGUUUAGACUUGUUUUCUGGAACCCGAGGUGCGACAAAAAACGGAAAAAUAUUACUGGUAUGUGGAAAAAAAAAAAAAAAGGAAAGGGAAAGAAAGAAAGAAAGAAAGAAAGAAAGAAAAUCAUCCAGAUUGGAGAUCUUUUAGUCCCCCAUGAUAAAUUUUAUUGAUUUCUCCCAGGUUUCCUGAAAAUCAAUUGCUUGUUCGAUUUGUGAAAUAAAGCAAAUAAGAGCAGAGAUAAAAGCACACAUUUUAUGUCAUC